AUGGCCCGGAAGAAAAGAGCGCAGUCGUUAAGAAAACAACUAUUCAACAAGCAGUUGUAUGCGCGGUGGCAACAGCAGCAGGAGGAGGGCGGAGAGCGAGAUGAGAUUCAACUGAAAGACUUGAAUGCGGGAGGGGGCGAAACAUGCGCGGCGGCUAGCGGCAGGCAGGCGGCGCCCACGCUAUGGCGCCGCAUAACUGCGGCACUACGGCGAUCACAGGCGGAACCGGUAGAGUACGGGAGGCGGAUCCCUGUGGCGCUGGGACGCCGAGGGUUUGCGGAGAGCGCGGGGGGCGGGGGGUAUGUGGACAGGCGCAGCGGGCUGCCGUACAUAGGCAACGCGAUUACGUCUUCGCGGUACAGUGUGUACUCGUUUUUGCCGCGCCAGCUAUGCGCCCAGUUUUCUAAGGUGGUGAACUCGUACUUCUUCGGGAUGGCAAUCUUGCAGAUGGUGCCCAAUUGGUCCACAACGGGCCAGUACACGACGAUUGUGCCGUUAUCUAUUUUCAUGGGCAUCUCGAUUGCCCGCGAGGGCUGGGAGGACUUUCGGCGUCACAAACUAGACCGCGAAGAGAACAAUAAGCUGGUGAAGGUUUUGGCGCAAGCACACGAUUCCGAGUUUGGGGAUAACAAGGAUAUCAGCGCCGAAGCCAGGGCAGCAAGCUUCACUGACUUUGAAACUCUUCAAGCGAACCAUGGAGUUGCAGUUGUCGAAAAGCAGUGGAAGGACGUUGAGGUGGGCGAGUUUGUUUUGUUGAACCAAGACGACUGGGUCCCUGCUGAUCUCUUUUUACUUGCGACCGAUGGUGAUAACAACGAAUGUUAUGUCGAAACAAUGGCAUUAGAUGGUGAGACAAAUCUAAAAUGUAAGCAUGUCUUGCCGAAGAUAGCAUCUCAGACACGAACUGCAUCGGGGUUGGCUACGUUCCGCGGCAUGACUACUGUGGAAGAUCCUAAUAUCGACUUGUACAACUUUGAGGGCAAGAUUGAGGUUGAGACAGACAGUGGGGAGCAACAGGCUUAUUCCAUAGGGCUAGAUAAUGUCCUCUUCCGUGGGAGCAUAAUAAGGAAUACACAAACAGUGGUGGGAAUGGUGGUGUUUACUGGUGAAGAAACAAAAAUUCGCAUGAAUGCGAUUAAGAAUCCGCGCAUCAAGUCUCCAAAGUUGCAGACACAGAUAAACCUCAUUGUAUUGUUUAUGAUCCUGGUUGUUGCCAUAUUUUCUUUCUUAUCCUUCGGCCUGCAGAGGUUUUUUAAGAAUAGGGAGGUAGAUUCAGACCGCGCAUGGUAUCUUAUGAAAGUGGAUGCUGGUCUGGCACCUACGAUCAUGUCAUUUAUUAUCAUGUACAACACGUUGAUCCCUCUUUCUUUGUAUGUGACAAUGGAGAUAAUUAAGGAUAUGCAGUCGCGUUUGAUGGAGUGGGAUAUAGAUAUGUACCAUUUGGAGACCAACACUGGCUGCACUUCCCGCACAGCUACUAUACUUGAGGAAUUGGGACAAGUCUCAUAUAUCUUCAGCGAUAAGACUGGCACGUUAACUGAUAACAGAAUGAUAUUCAGAAAAUUCUCUUUCUGCGGUACAGCUUGGGAACAUGAUGUCGCCAGAAAAGAUCAGGAGACUGGCUGUUCGCAGACCAAAAAAGAUGUGGAAGUUAUUUCUGUCGAAAGUAAUAGCUUUAUUAAAAAUUUUGAGUUGAACUCAACGGACACGAGGACAUCGGUCGAAUAUAAAGGGCUUGCAUCGGCUACAUAUACUGGUAGACCAAGCAUUGCAUCCCAGAUUGAGUUGAUGAAAUUACAGCAAAACUCAGCAAACACGAAUAAAAGCUCGAGUCCAAAGAUAUCACGUUUACCGACACUCGAUAGCUCGCCCGAACCGAAGUUAAAAACUUCGCUGGAUUUGAUUAUGCAUAUACAGCUUAAUCCCAAUACCGUAUUUUCACAGAGAGCAAAGUUUUUUAUCUUAGCAUUGGCACUUUGCCAUACAUGUCUUCCAAAAAAGCGCCAAGGUGCUGAUAGUGGUGACUUCGACUCCGUUGAAUAUCAGUCUUCGUCCCCAGACGAAUUAGCAUUAGUUACUGCGGCCAGAGAUAUGGGCUAUGUGGUACUAAAUCGGAAUGGUGAUGAGUUAACGAUAAAGACGUAUCCAGACGGGUUUGAAGCUGAUUGUGUGCUUGAAAAAUACGAAGUUUUGAACACCAUAGACUUUAGUUCCGAUCGUAAAAGGAUGUCAGUUUUAGUAAGGAUGCAUCAGCACCCUGAAAAGGUGUUAUUGAUCUGUAAAGGAGCUGACAAUGUUAUCUUAGAGCGGCUACACAAUUCAGACCUGGCGCAGCAAAAAUUGAACGAGAUCAAUACUUCAGCAGGCCAGAGAAAAAUUGAAGAAGCAGAGUUGGUUUUGCAGCAUCGGAAAUCGCUAGAGCAAGCCAUAACACGGGAUAGCAUAGGCGGAGUUUUACGCCAAUCGAUGUCAUUGAGACCUUCGAGAGCCAGCCUGGUUCUCCAAGCUGCCAAAAAUGGGCAUUCUGGCAUUUCCUCAAGUCCUCACGAUCAGGAGUUGCAUAUAAAUUCCAUUGACGAUUUUUUGGGUGCGGUAACAAAGCCUGAGCAAGAUGUCGAAAAUAUAUUCAAUAUGGCAAGGAAAUCAACUCAGAAACAGCAAAGAGACAAAUAUGCUCGCACUUCCACAAGCUACGUACAGGGAUCAUCGGAUAAUCAGCGUGUGAAUAAUAUAAAUUCUCAAGUUGCGGAAACCAGUAGCAUGGCAGAAUAUAUAGGCAGUCCUGAUUUGAUCACGAACGAAGAGUAUGUUAUCGAACGGACAUUACAAGAUAUGGAUGCAUUUACUACAGAGGGUUUACGAACGCUACUCUAUAGCUUCAAGUGGAUUGGCAACCAAGAAUAUGAAACGUGGAAUUCAAGGUAUAGUGCCGCGAAAGCAGCUCUUGUGAACCGCCGUGAACAAAUGGACACGGUUGGAGAAAUAAUUGAGCGUGACUUGACUUUACUAGGGACGAUAGGAAUAGAGGAUAAGUUGCAGGAAGGUGUGCCAGAUGCUAUCGAUAAGCUUCGUCGCGCUGGGAUCAAAAUGUGGAUGCUAACUGGGGAUAAGAGGGAGACUGCGAUCAAUAUUGGCUACUCGUGCAGACUAAUCCAUGACUACUCGACUGUCAUUAUACUAGCUCCCAAUGAUGAAAACAUGGCGUCCAAGAUUACAACUAUUACUCAGGAAAUCGAGGCAGGUAAUGUCGCACACUGUGUAGUUGUCAUUGAUGGUGCGACCUUGACAAUAUUUGAGGGCAAUUUGACCUUGAUGACCCUUUUCAUUGAGCUUUGUACAAAAACUGAUUCUGUGAUCUGCUGUCGCUCUUCUCCAUCGCAGAAAGCCUUGAUGGUAACCAAAAUCAGAAAGACAGAUAAAAAAUUGGUAACUUUAGCCAUUGGCGAUGGAGCAAACGACAUUGCAAUGAUACAAUCAGCUGACAUUGGCGUGGACAUAACAGGGAAAGAAGGCCUACAGGCAUCUCGCUCUUCAGAUUACUCAAUUGCUCAAUUUCGGUAUCUAUUAAAGCUUCUCUUGGUCCACGGAAGGUACAACUAUAUUCGGACAUCGAAGUUUGUGCUUUGCACGUUUUACAAGGAGUUUGUCUUCUAUCUCACGCAGUUAAUCUUCCAAAUAAACACAAUGUUCUCCGGCACGUCUCAAUAUGAACCAUGGUGCUUAACAGUGUUUAACACACUAUUCACAUCUUUACCAGUUUUAUGCAUUGGCAUGUUCGAGAAAGACUUGAAAUCGGUAACGUUAUUAUCAAUACCAGAGUUAUACACUACAGGCCGCCAGUCUCAAGCAUUCAAUUUAGUAAUCUUUUUGAGGUGGAUGGCGAUAGCGGCUCUCAGUUCUGUCAUCAUUUGUUUCACCAAUUGGCAGUGUUGGUCAUUAACUGCCCAAUCGGACAACACUUUAUAUCCAAUUGGCUUGAUAAACUAUACCGCGGUUGUUGUGCUAGUCAAUGUCAAAUGCCAGUUAUUAGAAAUGGCCAAUAGGAAUUGGCUUGCUUUUGCCUCCUUUUUCAUAUCUGUCUGUGGCUGGCUGUGUUGGUGUCUUCUACUACCCGCUAUCUACAAAGAAACAUUAGUUUACGAUGUUCGGGAGGGUCUAUAUCAUCAGUUCGGCCCAGAUAUAACAUUUUGGGCUACAAAUUUAGUGCUGGUGCUGCUGCCUGUCAUGCUUGAUCUUCUGUUCAAAACCUGCAAGGUGAUAAUUUAUCCAUCAGACACUGAAAUCUUUGCUGAGUUAGAACAGCGGGACGCUGUGAGAAAGAAACUUGAAUUCGGUGCGUUUAAUGAGUUGAAGCAAGGAUGGACAUGGCAACGUGAUCCUCCAACAAUUAAGCGCUUGAUGAACAAGGCGAUUGGAAAUAAAAGCGAUACUUUUGAUGGCGUUAUCAACCAUACGCGAUCCAGGAAGAAUACACUACCCGGUGCGACCGAGUUACCUCCUGGAACGCCUAGCAAAGUGACUAUACACAGCAGUGCCACAUAUAACACAGAGGAAUAUGAGCAGUUACCGAGUGGCAAACUUAUCAAGAGAAAAAAUCUAGUACCUGACAAUUCUGGCGGCUCGGGAAACGAUGGAUUUGCCGCCAAAUUAGGCAGGAAGCUAAAGCUUAAGCCAGCAGCCGAGGAUAUUGACGAAAUAAUAGAACGCAGAAUGCAAAACCUGGAAUAG